AUGCUAAAAAACGUAUGUAAACAUGCAUUUGAGUUGAAUUUUAGGAUUUAUUUUUUGGUAAAUCAAUUAAAUAUUUGUAGGAAGAUGACAACAUAUAAAAUAAGCCAUUGCUCAAAUACACCCAAAUGUUCAACAACAAUAAUUGUACAUAAAGGAAACAAGGGACCAGUUUACCAGGAAUUACAAAGAGUAAAAGUAAUUAAAGAAAAAGAGUGUUCUGGAUGUCAAUGCCAAAAUUCAACACAGGAAUACCUCGUCUACGAAUGGCCAAAUAGUACAAAUUAUAUAAUUAUUUGA